AUGGAAAUUGUCGAUAAAUUUGUUGAAAAACAUGCAUCUGCUAGUUUUAAGAUUUGUACAAACGAUGCUUUAACACAUCAGUUUAAUGAUAUGAUAAAGCAAUGUGAUGAGCAGAAUGCGAAUAGCAAACAUAGAAAGUCAAAUAAGAAAACAAAGAAAGAGAAAUUGGCUAAUAUGUUGUGCAUGCUAAUGAAAAUGAAAGAGAUUGCAGAGCAAAAGGAAUUGCAGUGGUACUCUGAAAAGGCUCAGUUAAGGGGUGAGCUGGAUAGAGUUGAACAGGGAAUCACUGUGGCUAUUGCUAGCGCUGAAAAUGAUGGUUGUGAGUGUGAAGAUCUCAGAGAGGAAGUGGAUAGGCUGGUUCAACAGAAUUGUGAUUUGGAGGAUGAAAUAGAGGAGUAUGAGGAAAGAUGUAGACUUAGAGAUCUGAAAAUUGCAUCUUUAGAAGAGAAAGAAGAAAGGAAUGAUGAUGUUGUAAAAGUACUUAAAGAUCGAUUGCAUGAUGUUGAUAAUCAACUGAUUCAUAAACAACAUUGCAAUAUGACCUUGAGAUCACAGGAAAGUGCUAAUAAUCAUUGUUGUGGUGAUCAAACAGAGGAGCAGCCUAUUUGCACUGCAGAUGGGCCACAAUCAACCCCAGAUCAUAGUUCCUCUCUAUUUACUCCUUUGUCAGAUGAAAGCAGACAAAGAAGAGAUAGUUUGCAUAUUCAUGGUAGCAAUCGUAUCCAAUCCACAACACUCUCUAUACAGGAUAAAACAAACCUAUGCCAAAUAUUGGGGAAAUUUGAUACAAGUGCUUCACCCAUUAAUCUUUCCAACAGGCUGGAAGCUGUGGUUACGCAGUAUAAUCUGAACAAUAGGGAUGCAUGUGCCUUAUUUAGGGUAUGGCUCCCAUCUCAGCUGUGUGAGAAGUUACAGCCUCCUGUGGGCACUCACAAAGGAUUAUCUGCAGAACUCAACUCCAACUGGGGAAAUGCAAGUGAUAGGCUGAAAGAAUUGCAGAGAGUAAUGGGGGGAAGAGAUAUUAGAGGUACCAAUGCCCUAGAGAAUGCAAAAUUAAGGAGAGGGGAUGACCCAAUCAUUUUCUGUAGUGAGUAUUUGACCCUAUUUCGUGCUACAUAUAACUGUCCUGACAUGCCUCCUGACGACAGCAGUUUUCUUUAUUCAAUGGCUAAUAAAUGCACAUUUGUUGACUUCCAACAUAAAUAUUGGUGGGAAAACAUGAAAGACACUGUUGUGAGGGUUAUACAAGAAUGUUUAAUCUGUGCGCAAAUGAAUCCGAGGCCAAAAGGACAAAGGCCUGUGCUGUCCAGGAUACCGUUGGCAGAAGGACCAUGGGAAAGGCUACAAAUUGACUUUGUUGGCCCUUUACCCAGUGCUCCUGGAGGGUAUCGUUACUUGCUAGUGGUGAUUGAUGUGUUUUCUAAAUGGGUGGAAGCCUUACCCAUGAGGAGAGACACUGCAAUAGCAACAGCAAAAGCCCUAUGGAGGGAAGUCAUCUCAAGAUGGGGAUUCCCUAAGACCAUAGAGUCAGACCGAGGCACACACUUCACAGGAAAGAUCAUGACAGGCAUGUGUGAGAUGUUAAAUGUUGAGCAAAAAUUUCACGUGCCAUAUCAUCCCCAAUCGUCAGGAAUGGUAGAAAGAAUGAACAGAACCCUAAAGGAAAGACUUAAAAAAAUGGUACUACAAUCUGGAAAUAACUGGUUGUGUCAUUUACCCACAAUUCUAAUGGCAAUACGGGGUACAGAGGCAAGAGGCACUUCAAUCACCCCAUAUCAAUUAAUGACUGGUAGAAUUAUGAACCUGUGCCACCCUGCAGACCCGAAGCUUAGUACACCAAUGAGGGACAGUGCUGAAAAGGAAAGAUUCCUUGCACAGUUGCAAGACCAGGUGCAAAAAUAUCUAUACUUUGCGGCCAGCAAUAUGGCUCCAAAGGCAAAAGAGGAACCUGGCAGGCCACCAAUUAAACUAGAAGUAGGAGACAGGGUGAUGGUAAAGAACUUUGUGCCUAAGUCUUCAUGGGAUGCCAAUUGGAUGGGCCCAUUCCUGGUAACAGUAAGAUUGAGUGAUCAGGUUGUAAAGGUCAAACGGGUGGACAACAAGAAAGGGACCAAGUGCAUGAAAAGGAGGGAUAUGGAGAAGUGGGUUCAUGCAGAUCAAUGCAAACGGAUGUAA